AUGGGCCAUCUAGCGUGCGUAGCGACCUGUUCGCUUCGAAACUGGGCUCUUGACUUUGAAGGAAAUACCAAUCGCAUCAUCGAGAGCAUACACAAAGCAAAAGCUGCUGGCGCGACGCUCAGAGUUGGCCCCGAACUUGAAAUAUGCGGCUACUCAUGUCUUGACCAUUUCUUUGAAGCAGACCUAUACCUUCAUUGCUGGGAGAUGCUAUGCAUUAUUCUCAAGGACAGAAGCUGUGAUGGAAUCCUCCUCGACAUCGGGAUGCCGGUGAUGCACCGCAACAACCGAUUCAAUUGCCGAAUCAUCUGCUUGGACGGGAAGAUCUUGCUCAUCAGACCGAAGUUAUGGCUCGCAAAUGAUGGAAAUUACCGAGAAAUGAGACACUUCAUACCCUGGGUUGGGCCAAGGCAUGUUGAGGAGUACUAUCUGCCCAGGAUGGUGAGAGAGAUUCAGGGCACGACCAAAGUACCUAUUGGUGACGCAGUGAUAUCAACGGCAGAUACGUGUGUUGGCAUGGAAACCUGUGAAGAGCUGUUCACGCCACAGUCGCCUCAUAAUGAUAUGAGUCUGAAUGGUGUGGAGAUCAUGGCCAAUUCAUCCGGGUCCCAUCAUACUCUGAGAAAGCUUGAUAUCCGAGUUAGUCUUAUCAUGGAGGCUACGAGGAAGAAUGGGGGCGUUUAUCUGUACGCGAACCAUCUGGGUUGCGAUGGGGAUCGACUUUAUUUCGAUGGAAGUGCGAUGAUCAUUGUCAAUGGAUGUCUAGUUGCACAGGGAAAUCAGUUCACUCUUGACGACGUUGAUGUUGUCACUGCAGUCGUGGAUCUGGAGGAGGUCCGGUCUUAUCGAUGCACACCAUCUCGAGGCCACCAGGCUAUGAAGGCUGGUGUUUAUACUCGGGUAGAGACUGAGUUUAGCCUGAGCUCCGACAUAGGCGACCGUGAUACUAGACUACGACCCAGUCCGGUAAUACAGCCACGGUACUACUCUCCGGAAGAAGAAAUUGCGCUGUCAACGGGAUGCUGGUUAUGGGACUAUCUUCGACGCUCUGGCACCGCAGGGUACCUUGUUCCGCUAUCAGGAGGAAUUGAUAGUUGUGCUACUGCAAUGACUGUGUUCUCGAUGUGUCAGCUUGUCAUCGAUGCCAUCAAAGCUGGGAAUUCGCAAGUAAUCAAGGACUGCAAACGAUUAGCAGACUACACGCUGGAGCUACCAAAGACACCCCAGGAGCUAUGCAACCAGGUCUUGCACACCGUAUAUAUGGGUAUGUCGAAGCAGUCCUCCAAAGAAACCCGUGGACGUGCGCAAGAUCUCUCCAAAGCUAUAGGCUCCUACCACGUCGAUCUAGAUAUCGAUGAGGUCUACGAGGCCCAGAAGAACCUCAUCGUUAAAUAUCUGAAUUUCGACCCCAAAUUCAAGAGCCAAGGCGGCACCAAUGCGGAGAAUCUCAUGCUGCAAAAUAUCCAAGCUCGCAGCCGCAUGGUCACAGCGUACGAGUUCGCUCAGAUGCUUCCUACCACCCGCAAGAGGCCACACGGUGGAGCCCUGCUAGUCCUAGGAUCUGCAAACGCUGGAGAGGCACUCCGCGGCUAUUACACAAAGUACGACUGCUCCAGCGCCGAUAUCAACCCUAUCGGCGGUCUUGAUAAAAGCGAUCUCAAAUUAUUCAUUGCGUGGGCUGAGAAAUCCUACUCAAUUCCUUGCUUGCGAGGAUUCCUCGAAGCUACCCCCACAGCCGAGCUUGAGCCUAUCACCGAACAGUACGUUCAAAGCGACGAGGCAGAUAUGGGCAUGACCUAUGACGAACUAUCUACCUUUGGCCGCCUGCGAAAGUACAACAAGCUUGGGCCGUAUGGGAUGUUUCAGCGUCUUGUGCAUGACUGGAACCACCUCACGCCCCAGCAGGUGGCUGAGAAGGUCAAAAGGUUCUACCAUUACUAUGCCAUCAAUCGACACAAGAUGACGACCUUGACGCCGGCCCUGCACUCAAACGAUUACAGCCCCGACGACAACAGGUUCGAUCUGAGACCGUUUCUGUACUUCCCGUUUUACCAGUCAUGGGGCUUUAAGAAGAUUGAUGACGAGCUGGCACGUAUUAAAAAGCAGGCCAAGCAGUGA